AUGUCGUCAAGCGAAGAAGAGCUCGAGCGCAAUGUGUCGGAGGAGGAGGACGCGUCUGAAGAUGAGAUCCCCGAGGAAGAAGACGACGAGGAGGACGACGAAGAGGAGGAGGAGGAGGAGGAGGAGGAGGAGACGCCCGUGAAGAAGCGCAAGGCCGUGGACCGGAAGCAGCCCAAGCCCAAGAAACGUCGCAAGCCGGUGAACAAGUUCAUUGAAGAAGAGGCAGACGUCGAUGAGGACGAGGAAGAGGAGGAAGACGAGGAAGAAGACGACGAUCUGUAUCGCUCGGAGCGCCAGAUGGCCGAAGAAGUCGAGGCGGGGCACCACUCGUACCGGUACGAGCCGCAGGAUCGCACGCAGUUUGACGAGUCUGAGAGCGCCGAAGCUAUUGUCAAUCGCAUUAAGAAGCGCCAUCAACAGAGUCGGAAACAGUACGACGGGGACGAGGAUGGCGGCGAGGUGAUCCAGAGCGAAGUGGCGCAGCAGUCGCUGCUGCCGUCGAUCCAGGACCCCCGGAUGUGGGUCUUCAAGUGCAAACCUGGCCAUGAACAGCACCUCGUCGUGGCGCUCAUGAAGAAGUUUAUUGAGUUUAGUCGCCGUGGCGAGCCGCUCAUGAUCAAGUCAGUGGUGGCCUCGAACUCAAAGGGGUUUAUCUACGUCGAAGCCGAGCGCGAACCGCACGCGAAAAACUGUCUCACGGGGUUGCGAGAUGUACAGCAGUGGUCGAUGAAGUUGGUGCCUAUUCACGAAAUGACAUCGGUGCUGAACGUCCAAACGCGGAGAAAGCCGCUUGUUGCUGGCGCAUGGGCACGAAUGAAGCGUGCGGGGCUGUACAAAGGAGACCUGUGCAAGAUUGUUGAAAUUCUAGACAACGGGUCGCGUGCCGUAGUGAAGAUGAUUCCGAGACUAGAUCCGAUCGUGUUAGCAGGAGGUGAGCAACCUAAGUACAAAAAAGGCCAGCGCCCACCGCAGAAGCUUUUCCAUGCAAACAUGGUUCCCGGGGCUGACGUAGUUCGUCGCCGGUAUCCGUCGACGGGAGAGAUGAUGGACAGCUUUGACAAUGAUUUCUACCAAGACGGUUUCCUGAUCAAGGAAGUGAACAUUGCCACCAUGCUGACGACAGAGGACUUGAAUCCGACGCUGGAAGAUAUCAAUCGUUUCUCGUCAGUUGCCGAAGAUGAUGGCGGACACACUACAAAAGACAUGCUGGCUUCUGUGGAAGCAGAUGAUUGGAAGGGCAAGGUAGAAUUGACGAAGGGCGACACGGUUCGUGUAAUCGAAGGUGACUUGGUCAACCUCAUGGGCGUCGUGCUCAGCACCAACUCAGCUAACGACACUGUCCGAGUCAUGCCACUUCACGAAGAAAUUAAGGACACCAUUCUGGACUUUCAACUGAAGCAGCUCAUGAAGUAUGUGAAGGUGGGCGAUCACAUUAAGGUGGUAUCUGGCAUAUAUUCGGGCGAGACUGGCACGGUCGUUGCGGUGGAUGACAGCGAAGGUGCUCCCGUCGCCGUGGUGUUGGUCGAUAGUAUGGCUCGUGAAAUUCAAGUUCGUGUGCGCGACUUGCAAGAGUCCGCUGAGAUUAGUCAAGGGCUUGACUCCUACAAGGGCAAAGAGCUCUACGAUCUCGUUGCUCUUGCCCACGGUGAUGUGGGCAUGAUCACGCAUGUCGGGCGUGAAGGCUUUACAGUGCUAUGCCAGAAUGGCCAGUCGAGGACUAUUUCGGAUCAGGAGGUGCAGCGAAAGAUCGUGUCUUCGCGUACAACGGCAGCGCUCGACAAGAAGCACAACCACGUCAGUGUAGGGGAAAUGGUGAAUGUCGUGGAAGGGCCAUUCUCGGGUCACAGCGGGACGGUGAAGCAUAUUUACCGGACGUACCUUUUCGUUCACAACAACCGCAUCACGACGAACUCUGGCAUCUUUGUGGCACGAGCGCGUGGUGUUAUCCUGUCUGGAAGCAAAGCGCGCUCCGAUAUGAUUUCGAACUCGACGGUGCCUCGAAUGGAUGCAGGCAUGCGUCAGCAGAACCAGCGUGGUGGAAGAAACCAGCGUGAGUCCGAGCUGAUUGGGCAGACCGUGAAAGUGAAGAAGGGACGCUGGAAAGGUUACAUUGGCAUUGUUGUUGAUGAAAGUGACCAGAAAGUCAAGGUCGAAAUCCACUGCAAAGCAAAAGUUGUGGACAUCGAUCGAUUGCACAUCACCGUGGCUGGUACGCGUGAUGGCGGUGUGGUGGAUAAGCCUCGCUAUGCUGGCACUCCAAUGACUGGUGCCACGCCAUUACCGUCGCAGACGCCACUCCACGGCAGUGCGAUGACCCCGAUGGCAACACCACUGCACCGUGGCAUGGGUACUCCGCAGUCAUCGGGACGUGGCGGCGAGGCAUGGAAUGUUGCGAAUGAUGACGCGCUGCUAGAGACACAAAUGAACCAGGAGAAAGACAUCACUCACGCUACUAGCUUUGGCACGCCAUUGGAACCUAUGGCACCGACAAGUGAGGCUUCAAGUAGUCGUUAUUCGAACCCAACGACGCCGUUGGCCCCUCGCUCUCCAACCCGAGAAGGUAUGAUGCCGGUGAUCCCAGCUGCAAACGCUUCAAGUUCGGGAUUGAAUCCGACGACACCCGGACUGCAGCCGCGGACUCCAGCAUACAUGAUGGGCCACAACCCAACGACGCCAGGUCUGAAUCCGACCACGCCAGGCCUGAACCCAACAACCCCCGCACACUUGUCUGCUGCUACGCCUGGUAUGGGUCACGAACCUAUGGGAAUGGAACCGAUGACUCCAGGAUUCAACCCCACGACACCUGGCUUAUCGGCAAUGACGCCGGGUCUCAACCCGGUGACCCCUGGCAUGAACACUCCGGGCUACAACCACAAUCCCAUGACUCCAGGGUUUGGCGUGGGCACUCCCAUGGGUCGCAUGAACUCAGCUCUCACACCUGCCGCGACGCCGGGGAUGCUCGGAGGUAAUGGAGUGCCGAUGACACCUGUCUUCAACCACGACGUAAACGCUGUAGCAAGCGGAGCUGCUGGGGGAGAAGUGACAUGGAAGGUAAAGGGCGUCGAGGUCAAGGUGAUUGCGGGUGAGCACGAGGGCAGUGUUGGUGCCAUUACCAGCGUGAGCGGCAGCUCGUGCUCAAUCGACGCAGAUGGUCGCGUGAUCGCUGUGUCCUUCAACGAUGUGCGGCCAGUUGUGCCGGAAAAGCAGGACACUGUGAUCAUUCUGUCCGGCGACGAAGCAGGGAUGAAGGGCUCGCUCAUCGGCACUGAUGCUUCGGACGGUAUCGUCAAAGUGGAUGGUGGCUCCGAGAUUAAGAUUUACGCAAUCGCACUGCUGGCGAAGAUUGCGCAGUAA